AUGCGAACGGCCUUCGUCGCACUCGCCUUCGCAGCCCUCGCCGCGGCUACACCUACCUCGACACCGAAGCGGCGCAGCCUCGCCCUCUCUCCCCCCGGCACGAGCGUACCGCCAUCGAAGGAUGCGUUCUACGACGCGCCCAGCGGGUUCGGGCGCGCUGCGAACGGGCAUGUCUUCAAGGCGAGACCGGUUUGGACGCCGUUCGACUCCGAGGCUUCCGGGGCUUACCAGGUCCUCUACAAGACGACCCUUGCGACGGGAGGCGACGCAGUGACGGCCGCAACCUUGUUCGCUCCGCUCGAACCGGUCUCGCCUCCGCGCAUAAUGGUCCUCGCCGCGCCCAUGGACUCGGCCUGCCGCGACUGCGAAGUCACCUUCGUCCUGCAGAACGGAAGCAAGUCAAACGCGACCGACUUCCUCCUCAAGUCCGUCGCGAUCGACAUCUUCGCUGGCUUGCACAAGGGCUGGUACGUCGCCGUGCCGGACCACGAGGGACCGAACGCUGCGUACAUCGCCGGCGUGCAGGAAGCUUUCGGCGUCAUUGACGGCUUGAGGGCGAUGCUCAACUUCCCGAACAUCCUUCCGAAGACCGACGGCUACAAGGCUGUCAUCCACGGCUACUCGGGCGGCGCGCACGCAAGCGCCUGGGCGAACCAGUUCCUUCCGACGUACGGCAGCGAACUCAACGUUGUUGCCGCUGCGUACGGCGGUACUCCUGUCAGCGCCUCCUUCGACGGUCUCGCCAGCAUCUCGGGCGGCGGCAGCUUCCUCUUCUGGGGCGCCCUCGUCGGCCUUUCGAACGCCUACCCCGAGCUCGACCACUUUAUCCGCCACCAGCUCUUCCCAAAUGGCACCGAAGCCUUCGAGGCAGCUCGCUCGCUCUGCAACACCCAACUCGGCGAGUACCUCGGCGACAAGAGCCUCGUCUCGUUCUUCCGCAACGGCGCAAAGACGUUCACCUACUCGACUGCGCUCAAGUACAGCAAGCUGGGUCAGCUGGGCGAACCCGUCAAGAAGGACAUCUCGCCUGCCGCCGCGACCGACGGCAUCGUUCGUCGCCCGACCCUGAUGUACCACUCGUCCACCGACGACAUCGUUUCCUACGCACCGGUUCCUGCGUACGUCGAGUCGCAGUGCAAACGCGGCGCCAAGAUCCUCUUCGAGACCGCGCCCGGCUUCACGCACACGACAGCCGCCAUCAUGUGGACCGCCGACGCCUACAACUUCCUCGAGUCCGCCUUCGACGGCAAGCUCAAGCUCGACAAGUGUCAGCAGAAGACUGGCAUCACGACGCAGCUCGGCACCGACGAGUUUAUCGCCGCUAUCGGCCAGUCGGCGUGGAGUCUCAUCCAGUCGCAGAUGCAGAAUGCGUCCUAA